CCUGUUGUCUCUGGUCAGGCAGAGGAUGGAGAGCCUGGAUGAGUUUGACAACGAGUACCCCCUCAGCGUGUCGUUUUGCAAGCUGAUUUCCACAGAGGACUUCGAGGAGCAGUCUUUGUCCUACACUCAGCAGUGCCUGCACGAGCUGUUCUCCGCCAUGGAGCAGAACCCAGGGAUCUGCGAGAGGGCUGUGAGAAAGCAGAAACAGAUGGAGAAGGAAGAAGCUGGCCUGAUGUCUUUUUUAAAGGCCAAGGUUUGUUGGACUCUGCAGGGAGAACUGAAUUACUGUAACUAUGUGGGCUUCGCAGAGAUGCAAGAAAAAGUAUCCCAGCUGAGACGAGACAUGCAGAGAGCAAGCAACUAUGCUCGGGCUGCCAAGACAGGGAAAGGGCAACGUGCAAGGCAGUUGCGUGGAAAGAAGAACCCCCUGGAAGGUGGAUUUAGCCCCUUUCACUCCAGGAUUCCUGAAACUCCUAAGGUCACCCUGCCAAGGGUCUUCGGCCCUUUUCCAGAUGUCGUGAAAAAGCAGGUGGACAGAGCUGCAGCCUCAAGCCCUGACCUGAAGCAGAAGUGGGCUGGCGUAUCAAUGAUGAGCCAGAAAAGCAUGGUUGAUUUGCGUCCUAUAGUGCUCAACCCUGGAGGUUUUUAUAACUCCCUCCAGGCUGGUAACUGCAUGAAUAAGCUGAAACACACAAACUUCUCAAGAUUGCUUGGCAGUGCUCCCAUGCCUUCUCCCCAAAACGCUGACUCUACUGGCACUAAACCUGCAGCCUCUGUGCUUAACACACCUAUGCCAUGCGAGUUUCAAGGUGGCGCAGAAGAUGAAAUGGAUAGUGAGAAACCUGGCCCCAGUUCUUCUUCUAAGGGGGCAUAAAUAUCUCAUCUUACAUCAAAAACCUACGUGAAUAAACUCUCCAUGCAAGCUCUGUGGUUGUGUGUGGAGCCUCUGCUAUGCCUUAGCAAUGACUGCUGCAAAAGCUUUGGUUAGCAGGACAGUUGUACUAGGCUAGAGACGGAGCGACAUCAAUGAGCUUUCUUCACCACCAAACAGCAGCUAUCUAGCUCACUGGAAAGUGCGAUCUUCAUAAAAUGGGAGCGGUGUGCAGGUAGGGGACAUGAACUUAACUCAGUUGGCUUCUAAGUGAAGCAGCAUUAUGUCCAAAUCUUGAAACACACAGAAAUAUCUAACUCCCUCUACCUUCUGUGGAAAUUGGGUACCUCAGUAUCCUUUAAAGUCUGUGCUUUACUUGCUCCUGCCUGGUGUGGAUUUGAAGCAACAGCAAAGCAAAAAAGAGUACUGUGUCAUGUGGUCAGUUCUCAUUGCUUGGCUACUUACUCUUUUAGCAAAUGACUUUGGCAUCCUUGCUUCCAACCACGUAUUACUUCUUAUCAAAAUAUGAAUACAGGACAUGUUAUGUGGAGGAUAGGACUGAGGCAUUUUAAUUUGCUUGCUGAAUGGAAAACUCCAACAAUCAAAUUCCUUCAUAGCCAGAAGGAGUGGCAAAUUCUUGCUGAAGGUCAGUUCAGAAAUGUAAUGUUCCAACCUGGGCAAAAGUAUUUUAAUCAGAAGUCUUUUGAUGGUUUAAACACAUGGUUUAACAGAUCUUAAGGUACCACUCUAAGGGAUCAGCAAAACAGGGUUACCCAGUAGUGAUGAAUCUGCUGUAAGGAGCGUGCAAAAUUACAUCUGUGAAUAGUUUGAGAUUACCUCCUGAGGGAGACCUAUUGUACAGGUGUAAUUGUAUUACUGUCUUAAUUCAUCAAGUGUUAGU